GCUUUGCUCACAACCAAGGAAAAUAGAAUAAAUGUCAACUAACUUAAUUAGUUAGUAAAGAUUUGUAGGUGAUAUUUAAGAUUUGGAAUUAAUUUUGUCUGUAUUAUCACUUUUCUGGAUUCUUUCACAAAUAAAUAAGUAGUAAUAUACUACGUAGAAAAAGUCAUGUAAUUGCUCGAUUAGUCCCAUAAAUUUUCUAUUUGAUCAAAGGGAGCAUAUUACAACUGUACAACAUGAAAGUGAAGAUGGUAGUGAUUUGACAUGAAACAUCUUAGUCUUGUAUUCACUUCCGUCCUAUGUAGCAAGAUGAGACCGCAUAGCGCAGUGGAUUAGCGCGUUUGACUUCGGAUCAAAAGGUCAUGGGUUCGACUCCCACUGUGGUUGAAAUAUUUUUUAAGGCUCAGCUUGUGAAUUGGUGUUCUCUUUAUAUUUUGGUACAAUUUCAUCCGCAGAUCCAAGUACAUUGGCCUCCCUGCAUGCAAAGCAUAUCCUGCAAAGUUUUACUUGAUCCAAUUCACCGGAGAUAAUUGCAACUCUGAGUUCAAUAUUUUGUUAUUUUUUUUUUUAAUAUAAAAAUGUCACUUCAACAAGAAUUAUCUCGUGCAUUAGCAAUGUAUACUAACAAUAAUAUAGAGUAGUAAUUAAGGAAUAAGUUGAGAUUCAAAUAUGUUAUUAUUUGAUUUGUUUCUAAUAAAACUAGUUAUAGAGAUAACUAGAUCAGUGAAGGCAUGUGACUUGCCAACGGGUCUCGUGAUCAAGUGUUCCAUGUAUGGAACGUGGAUUGAAAUGUGGGUCAAUCUUUCUUCCACAUGUCAAUUUUGUGUCAAAUUUUGAAAUUCAUAUCAAUACAUAGCGCAGCUCACUAAUGUGUUUGUCAUAUUAAUCUGGGCCAUUUCAUGCCAAACCAUGCUCAUGUACCAUGCUGGAAUGUGUUAUGCUUACAUGCCUAAGACAAAAUCGUGGCGAGAUGUUUUUUGUCAUAAUUUUUCUAAAUAAAGGCAACUCACGGCCUGACACGCACAAUAUCAUGUCGUAUCUAAACCGUGUCUAUACUCUUUCCGUAUUGGAUAACGCGGACCUAUGCUUUAGGCCGGCCAAGCCAGUGUCAUCUAUGCCUCUAAACUAGUCCAAUAGCCUAUGCAGCUAUUUUUCAAUUUAAUUCCAUAAAAUAAAGGGUUGAGGAACCUACAAGCUAAGGUGGCUCUGUAACCUGAUAAGGCCUCGGCUAUGCAAAAUUGCAGUGUUACUGAAGUGAGGUGAGGAGAUCAAUUCACACAGGAACAGAGAAUGGCAUCUCUGUUUGAUUAUCAAAUCAUUCCCUCCAAAUUUCAACACCUCACCCCCUUUUCUUCUUCUUCAACCUUUCGCCUUCCUCUCACUCUGAAACCCAAUUAUCUCUCCUCCCAUUCCAGGCUCUUCAUUGUCAAAUCCUCCCAACUCUCUCUCAAUGACUCUGCCAACCCAGAUACCCGAAAAGGCUACAUUUGGGUCAACCCCAAAAGCCCAAGAGCUGCUCAGCUUCGCAAACUAUCAUACGAUUCAAGGUACUCUUCUCUUGUUGAAGUUGCUCAUUCUUUAGAUUCAUGUGAUGCUACUCAUGAAGGUGUUUCUAAGGUCUUGUUUGGUUUGGGGGAAAAUGUUGUAGAACAGGAUGCUGUUAUUGUUCUUAAUAAUAUGAAAAACCCAAAUACAGCUUUGGUGGCUCUUCAAUUUUUCCAGAAUAAGAUCAAAUUGGUUAGGGAAGUUGUGUUGUAUAAUGUUACUUUGAAGGUUUUGAGGAAAGGUAGGGAAUUAGAUAGGGCAGAGAAGCUGUUCGACGAAAUGCUUCAGAGAGGUGUAAAACCUGAUAAUGUUACCUUUUCUACUAUUAUUAGCUGUUGUAGGUUGUGUUAUUUACCCCAUAAAGCUGUUGAGUGGUUUGAAAAGAUGCCGGCUUUUGGUUGCGAUCCGGAUGAUGUUACUUAUUCUGCUAUGAUUGAUGCAUAUGGAAGGGCAGGGAAUGUGGAUAGAGCAUUUGCUUUGUAUGACCGUGCGAGGACUGAGAGGUGGAUGAUAGAUGCUGUGACAUUCUCUACCUUGAUUAAGAUAUAUGGGAAGACCGGUAAUUUUGAUGGGUGUUUGAAUGUUUAUGAGGAAAUGAAGGCUCUUGGGGCGAAGCCUAAUUUGGUUAUAUAUAAUACAUUGCUAGAUGCUAUGGGGCGUGCCAAAAGGCCCUGGCAAGCCAAGAUUAUUUUUAAGGAGAUGACAAACAAUGGGGUUUCCCCGAAUUGGGGGACUUAUGCUGCUCUUUUGCGUGCCUUUUGUCGAGCUCGUUAUGGUGAUGAUGCUCUCAAGACUUAUAAAGAAAUGAAAGAUAAAGGACUAGAGCUCAAUGUUAUCCUUUAUAACUCACUUUUAGCAAUGUGUGCUGAUCUAGCUUAUGUUAAGGAAGCAGUACAAAUCUAUGAAGAGAUGAAGAGUUCCGGGACCUUCCAACCAGAUAGCUGGACAUUUUCGUCUAUGAUAACAGUAUAUUCAUGUAACAAACAAGUUGCAGAGGCAGAGAAUGUGUUAAAUGAGAUGGUCGAAUCUGGUUUUGAGCCUAAUAUCUUUGUUCUUACCUCGCUUAUUCAAUGCUAUGGGAAGGCCAAUCGAACGGAUGAUGUAGUGAGUACUUUCGAUAGGGUCUUGGAAUUGGGUAUAACUCCUGAUGAUAGGUUUUGUGGCUGCCUUCUAAAUGUUAUGACUCAAACACCAAAAGAAGAAUUGAAUAAGCUCAUAGAGUGCAUAGUGAAGGCUAAUGAGAAACUUGGCAAUGUGGUGAAGAUUUUGUUGGAGGCUGAAACCAGUGAAGAGCAUUUUAAAGGGGCUGCAUCUGAACUCUUUGAUUCAAUUAGCACUGAUGUAAAGAAGGCUUAUUGUAAUUGCUUGAUUGAUUUAUGUGUCAACCUUAAUAUGUUGAAUAGAGCUUGUGAGCUUUUGGACCUGGGUCUCACUUUUCAAAUAUACAGAGAUUUACAGUCAAGAACUCCCACUCAGUGGUCUUUGCACUUGAAAUCCCUUUCGCUUGGAGCUGCUUUGACUUUGCUACAUGUUUGGACGACUGACUUGGAAAAGGCCAUUGAAAGUGGGGAGGAACUUCCUCCUCUGCUUGGGAUCAACACAGGACAUGGAAAGCACAAGUACUCUGAAAAAGGAUUAGCAGGUGUAAUUGUUGCUCAUCUGAAGAAACUUAAUGCGCCAUUUCAUGAAGCUCCAGAUAAACUUGGCUGGUUUCUGACAACGAAGGCUGCAGCACAAUCAUGGUUAGAGUCUCGAAAGUUCCCUGAACAAGUUUCUGGUUAGGCGCUCCUUGUUCAUUUCCAAAUUUUUGUGGAGGGAUUUGUCAUUUUUAUCUGUCCAAGAGUCAUAGUAAGUAUUCUUCUUCGCAUCUUUUUUAUUUAUUUUAUUUAUUACUCAUAGAUGAUUUUUUUUUUUUUAUAUAGAGUUGGUUUGUUCUCCUUUGGCAUGAUUUUUCAACAGUUGUGUGUCAAAUUGCCAUAUAUAGCUUUAAGGCCUAGUGUGAAAAGUAUUAAGAAUACUUUUUAAUGAUUCAGAUGAUGCUGGAAUUAUUUUCUGAUUCAUAAUUCAAUGUAACUAAUUUUAAUUUGAUGGUCAAAAUUUAUAAAAUUUGACUACGAUCAGUAAAAGAUGUGGACUUUUACUUGUGAACAGAAGCCGUAUAUAAUUUAAGCUGUAAUUUAAGCUGCAUGUGACAUGAGACUGAUUUUGUUUAACACUCUACACUACAUUUCUCUGAAAUUAU